AUGGAAUCAGAGCCGCUGCAUACUUCUCAGUCUCGGCGGCACCCGAACAAUAAAACCAAUGGGCUGGAGAAGCCGCUGGCUGUCCGGGCUCCUGGAGUGAAAGGAAUGGUCGGAUGCAGCGCUGGGAGAUGUGGUGUUUCGGUAUUGUUCAUUCAGACAGUCAUACAGAGAGGCUGGCAGAUGCAGACGGGGGCGAGCGAUGGAGGGUGCGCGCAGAUUCUCUUCCCCCCUCCCUUCCUUCUCCCGGAGCAGCAAACUCUACAGUCUCACAGCGCCCACUAUCCAGCACUGCUCACUGCACCGUGUGCUGCUGCUGCUGCCACUGGAACUAACAGAGACUCAGCUUCCGCUUCAGCACCACGGACAGCGAACGCUGCUGGAUUAGCCAAUAGCUGCCCUGCUGCUGCAACUGUACCCAACUACUCACUGAAGCGCCCCUCAAUCAUCUUCCCCCUCGCUGCAAGUGCACUAGGUUCCUCCCUCCACGGGCCAGGAUAUUCAAGGAAUGCAGAUCAGGAAUGCAAUGCAUUUCAAAAGGGAAAACAAAAGGAUUCCUUUCAGGGUAUAUUAACCAUCCCUAAAACUAUGUCAUUUGGGCCCCCAACUCUGCAAAGAAUAUAUCCAAGCAAACAGAUGCAGGACUGUUCGCCAAUGGGAACCAUAUAUCACUCCUCGUGUUAUGUCACAUUGGACUAUUACUGUGGAAUUAGUAUAAUAUAAUUAAACUUUAGAAAGAUGAAUAGAACUGUUUAUUGUUUGGCGCUUUAAAAAAUAUAUUUAAUGCACACACAAAGAAGAGGGGGCUGGGUGCACACAGAGUUUCACUGAAAAUUGUCAUGCAUUGCUGAGCUGUUUACUCUGGAGAGCUAGGUAAACGUUUUAAUGAGUAGCAUUUUGUUUUAAAAGGGAACUACCAACAAAAUAUAAUCAUUUACAAAUUCUGUACCAUUUCUACAAUAAUUACAUUAUUCUCUACUACUAUCUGCCUCUCAAUAUCUUUCUCUCGUGUUUCUCUCUUCUUGCAGAAGUUGGGAGUCUGAUGGGAGCCUUUGGGGGUGCUCCUAGAAGAUGUGCUAGAGCUCACUCUAUUAAAAUCACCAGAAAUCCUGUCUCUCUACAUGCAGGAUUAUUGCCAAAAUCAGGUAUUUUAUUUGUGCUGAAAUCAGUUAUUUGAGUGAGCUUUAAUACAUCUGCUAGGAAAGAGAGCCCCCCCCACCACAAAAGAUAUAUUAGAUCUGUCAGUCAAAAUCUGACACCCAAAUCCUGCAUAUGAGACAGAUGCUUAGAGGAAAAUAGGGAAGAUUAACUUGAUUAUUUCAGAAUGGGUACAUUUCAGCAUGAUGAAGCUUAUAUUACAUUUUCAUUUUCACAAUGGUUCCCCUAUAAUUAUCCAGACCUGAGGUAUCAAGGUUACAGCUCCCAUCAAGCUUAACCCUUGAAAAUAUUUAGGAACAUUGCAAUAUAAGAUUUGUAGGUUUCCUUUAAAAGCAUUCCUUUGAUGAACUUUUGCUCUUCCUUUAAAGUAAUUGUUCCGUGUAAAAAUAAAAACUGGGUAAAUAGAUAGACUGUGCAAAAUAAAAAAUGUUUUCAAUA